UCCAAUUCCCAACUUCUGAACACAUUUCAUUUUUGGAUUUUUAUACUUCCUUCUUUCUUUUACACUGCACACACACACAGAGGUAUUUUCACUUCUCUCGCUUUCAUUUUGCGAUGCGUCGAUUAAAAAUUGAACAACCUUCACUGACUCGUUCAGCGUUGGGUUAUUGACUUUGAUGGUUCCAAAUUGUGUUCUGUUUAGAGACAACACCGCUAACCAAACGCCUUUCUCUCAACUUCAACGUCUUUGCUAUUUAAAUUUAAAUCACUGCACAACCUAUUGCAGUGUACCUCAUUCUUCGUUUGGUUUUGGUUUCAAUUUGCGUCGCACAAGUUGACGUUUCCUCGGAUACACAAUGAUAGGAUCUUUUAUUACAAGGGCACUUGUGAUGGUUUUUGGCUAUGCCUUCCCUGCCUAUGAAUGCUAUAAAGCAGUUGAAAAGAAUAGGCCAGAAAUUGAACAACUUCGUUUUUGGUGCCAGUACUGGAUUUUGGUAGCUGUUUUGUCAGUAUGUGAGCGGAUUGCUGAUGCUUUUAUAUCAUGGGUCCCAAUGUAUAGUGAAGCUAAGUUGGCAUUUGUCAUAUACUUGUGGUACCCGAAAACAAAGGGAACAACAUAUGUGUAUGAUUCCUUCUUUAGACCAUAUGUUGCGAAACAUGAGACAGAAAUUGACCGCAACUUGUUGGAACUAAGGACAAGGGCAGGAGAUACUGCAGUUUUGUAUUGGCAAAAAGCUGCUAGUUAUGGCCAGACUAGAAUAUUUGAAAUUUUGCAGUAUGUUGCUGCACAGUCAACACCUUCGCCACGCCCUGCUCAGCAACAACCAGCUAUGAGGGUGCGUCAAGCCGCAACUAGUAAUAGCCAACCAGCAUCUGCGACAGAACCACAAGCUGAGAAUCCAUCUUCUCCUACUUCUAGUUCAUCCAGUCAGCAACAGAAGGAAGUAGCAGAGGAGGAGUUGGGUUCUUCACAAGUGCCUAAAGCACCUUAUACUGUAGCAGGUUUAAGUAGCCAGAAGUCUAAUCCUAUACCUGAAACGGCCAAUCAAUCGGUACCUGAAGAGGAUGAGCCAAUGCAGAUUGAAGCAGCAGCACCUUCAUCCUCUUCUGCAAAUGAAAAUGAGAACCCUCCCUUGGAAGAUACAAUAAUGGAAGAAAGCAUUAGGGUAACGCGUGGUAGACUAAGAAAAAAUCGAUCAGCUCGAAUCCGUUAGAUAUCAUUGUUUUCAAGUUUUAGCCUGGAAAACAUGGGUAGAUGGAUAAUAGUGGGUGUGGAAUAGUAAAGUUGUGUGUAUAUUUUUGCCUCAGUUUCAUUCCAUUUAUUGCUUUUUUUUCUUAUGAAUAAUUUUUUUUUACAA